AUGGGAAAAGGGGAGAGGAGUGUGGAGGAAGGGGUGCUGGAGAGGACAGAUGCUGGUGCCUGGGCUCCUGCCGGGCCGGACCUGCCCCGCGCCCACUACCCAGAGGAGCGCUGGCCUGACCUGCCUCGCGCCCAUUACCCGGAGGAGCGCUGCCCGGACCUGCCUCGCGCCCACUACCCAGAGGAACGCUGGCCGGACCUGCCCCACGCCCACUACCCCGAGGAGCGCUGGCUGGACUUGCCUCAGACCCGGUACCCGGAGGAACGUCGGCCUGACCUGCCGUGUGCCCGAUACCCCGAGGAGUGGCCUGAGCUUCCCCACGACCGGUACCCGGAGGAGCCGAUGGUCUGGGACCCCCCAGAUGAUGCUGGCAAGGACCAGUUACUUUCCAAAAUGUAGAGCCUACACCUCAAUCCCACAGAACAGUAUGUUAUCCAGUAGUGACAGAUCCCUAUGGCCAGCCACCUCCACCUGGGUUUGACUAUCUCGUCUCUUUGGUACCUGCCUGUUGUUAUGUUAGCACUUGGCAUCCCGCAAAUCCCUCCUAUGGUAAUCCUUCACAGUUCCAUAAUACUGUCAAUCCUAGGAUGAAUCAA